UCACGUGUCCUUUAACGGAGGUGGUGUUGUUAUUGAGAGACAAACAUGGCGCAGGUGGACUAGCAUUGCUGACGAUUUGGAAUAACACAACCAGACGGAUUUAUUCAUUUCGUUUCUUUGGAAAAGCUCGAUCUUGUACGAUGCAAGGGUGAAAUGGUCUCAAUCUUGAAUUGUAUCACUUCUACAGCUUCGUUGAUGACUAAAAGGCGACCAGGACGCAGGAAUACAUUCAACGCCAUUCAUAAACAUUUCUAUAGGACUUCAAACCCUUGAGUGUUGUCUGAUAUCUGAAACCAUCUGUUACGGCUUACAGCAGAGCAUGGCCAGUAAAAUGAAGAUGAGCAGUGCGUUACCUAAAGGUGUGGAUAGAUUAAAGGAGGAACACAGAAAGGUGAUGAAAGACUGCCAAAGUCAAAUUACACAUUGGAGAAAAGUGGAGAAUGAUUAUAAAAACCUACAGGAACGUCUCAGCACAUUGCCUGAUAAGCUGUCCUAUGAUAUUAUGGUACCAUUUGGUUCUUUAGCUUUCAUGCCUGGGAAGCUGGUUCACACCAAUGAACUCACAGUUCUCCUCGGAGAUAACUGGUUCGCAAAGUGUUCGGCUAAGCAGGCCCAGACACUUGUAGAACACAGAAAGAAACAUGUUGAUAAUAAACUGGAGGAUCUGCACAAAAUGAUGAAGAGUUUUCAAGACAGAGCUGGCUUCACAGAAGAUCUUGAAAGGAUGGCUUGUGACAGAGGAGAUUUUGUUGACAUCAGAGAAGAAGUGGGAAAACAGGAAGCACUUACCAAAGGUAAACAACGUGUGGCAAACAAGCCCAACUCCAAGCCUAAGGAGGAGUAUGUGGUGCAGAUAGAGGAGGAAGAGGAGGAGGAGGAGGGGAAGAAUGUAGAUGGAGGUAACAGUAAAGGUGUGUUGACGGAAGAGGAGCUGUGGGCACGGCUGGAUGAGCUGGAGCGUUUGGAGGAGGAGCAGGAUGAGAGAGAGCGAAUGGACAGCACAGAUACCAAUGGUGAGGACACUACUUCCUCUUCAUCAGAGGAAGAGAAGGAGGCAGAUGCUGGCACUGAGGUCCAAGUUAAUGGACAUGAGCCACAUAGAGACUGUGCCACUGCCACUCACACAAGCCAAGUCAAUGGCAUCAAACCACAGUUUGAGGAAGAUGAGCAAGAAGAAGAAGACGAGGAGAACGACAACGCUCUGCCAACUAUCUAUUUCAGUCAUACGGUAGAGCCCAAAAAAGUGCGAAUAAACACAGGAAAGAACACUACUCUGAAGUUCAGCGAGAGGAAAGAGAAGAAAGAGCAGGCCAAACGCAAAAAGAAGAAUGGCAAAUGCAACGGCCAUGCUGUUCAUGAGCAUCAUAAAAUCACAACUCCUGCUGAUAUCUACAGGGUAUUUGUGGAUGUAGUAAAUGGUGAGCCUGUUCCAAGGAAAUCCAUCCUGAAGUCUCGCAGUCGUGAGAACAGCGUAUGCAGUGACACCAGUGAGAGCAGCGCAGCAGAUUUCGAGGAGCGCCGUGCUUUUGUUAACCGCGCACACAGCCACGACGACGCCACCCCCAGUGACACCAGCGACAGUAUUACUGAAGAGGACAGCCCAACCAGAAUAAGUCUUUACCCUAACGGACGAUUCGAGGCUUUUUCAGGUACUGUGAUUGAGAAAGAUCCAUUGCCCUCAACGAUCCCCCACCUGACGAUAACUCCUCCUGCGUUACCCACAAUCCUUGAAAGAAAGCAAGAAGAGGUGGGCUCAGAAGUGCCGCAGGAGCCACCCAAAUGGGUGUCAAAGUUCAAAGCUGCCCGGCUGCAGCAGAAAUGAGGCAUCAGACAUUUAAUGGUUGUUUUUUCUUUUUUUUAAACUCCCUUUUUUAUGAAAGUAAUAAUUGGUGGUCUUGCAUACCUGUCCUGCCUUUCUUUCUCUUUGUCUUUGCUACCUUCUCAAGCCAGUUCAGUCAUUUUCACUGAAAUACAUUACGUGCUAUGCAUUUUCUAAACAUCCGCUUUAUUCUGUCUUGUCCUGAGAGUAGGAGGUACAACUCUGCACAAACAUGUCUAGUGUAUCUGCUCUGCUGGACUGGCUAGGCACUAUUUAUGGCCAGUUUACUGGCCAGGCUGCAUAUCUCAUUUCUUCCAUGUAUACCUACUGCCUUCACAUUGUGUGUUCCGCUAGGCAACAUCUAUGUGAAUAUAUAACAGUACCAUUAGAAAUCUUGUGUUGUACACACAUAUGGGAGCAGGUUAUUGCCUUUCUGAUUUUACUAGCUACUCUGGUGACCUGUCUGAUGUUUUGUACCAUAAGAAUCUCAACCUGUGAACGGUCCGCUUUAACUUCUAAACCUUUCUAUAUCUUCUAUAUUGAUUUUUUUUUGCUGUCUCUAGUCUUUGGAUGUAGAUCAGCUUUUUGUGAUUGAUUACAAAUGUUAACCAGAAAAUAAAUGAUUUUGCCUAUA